ACAAAUAGAGGGAAGGCAUCAAUGAUCACGAGUGUACUACGUUUAUUGUUGAGUGUAAGGAAAGUGCAGGCAUUUUAAAUACUUUUCAUAACAAUAAAUUUUGACAAAGAAUUUGUAUUUAAUUUAAGGACGUUAUUUGGAAAUAUGACAGAAGUAAAAGAAAUUCCAGAAGCACAGGUUUUUAAAACUGUGCUUUCAUAUUGUCUAUUUAUUAUUGCAUUACCAAUAAUAUGUUUCUUCACGAGCAAAGUAUUGAUAUUCAAUAGCCUCUUGGGGGUAAACAGUAUAGCAAGUAAUGUAUAUGCUGCUGGUGUUGCUAUAUUGGUUUUGCAUGUGGCUCUAGGUUCAUUUAUUUACAGAACAUAUUUUGACUCGCCUACUAAGAGUCAAGCAAAAACAGAUUAAUCAAAUUCUACUUUUUUUAAGUUCAUAUACAUGUAUUAUAUAUUAUGUAUAUACAAAUAUGACAACUUUUAUAAUAAUAUAUAUUAUCAAGUAUUUUAAAACUUCUAAUUUUAUUAAGAAUGUAAAAAUUUAAUUCAAAAUACUUGAAAAUAUAUAUGAAAACAAAAAAAAAGUUUUAUAUAUAUAAAUUAGGUUUUUAAAUUAUUGUAUUAAAUAACUUUAAUUAGACUAAUAUUUUUUAAUAAAAAUAUUACCUUUUA